CCCACAUCCUCCUCUCGUUUUCUCAUCAUUCCCCCCACCUUUGCCUCUCCUCUUCUCGCCACCUCCCCCCCCGGUGUCGUCCUCUCCCGUCCUCCGAGCGGCCUCCUCAGGAGGACCUUCACACGCCACAGGAGCCGACUCCAUCACCAUUCAUUUCACCUUCCGUCUCACCACUUCCUCCUGUCCUUUUCUCAUCCCUGCAUCCGUAAACUUCUCCCCCCCAAGCUCAGUUUCCACACCUCCCCGUUUCUCCCUCUCCCCGCCGGUCACCCAGGAUGCCUAUUUCCAAGCCCCUCCGCUAGGCCCUAGCAGCAUGGGCGGAGACUGGGCGGGAAGCGAGAGAACGGAUUGGACCCUUCCCCUCAGGACGGGCACGCUGGCGGGUCACCCUCCCUCAGCUUCAGAUGGGCGAAGACGCUGAGAGCCCCAAGAUCAACCACACCUUCCUGCGAGACUAUGUCACCGAAGCUGAUGUUAUCUCCACGGUGGAAUUCAACCAGACAGGAGACCUGCUGGCCACGGGGGAUAAAGGUGGCCGCGUGGUCAUCUUCCAGAGAGAAACUGAGUCUAAAGGGCAGUCCGAGGAGGUGGGGGAGACAGGGGACUCUGGAGAGUACAACGUCUACAGCACCUUCCAGAGUCACGAGCCGGACUUUGACUAUCUAAAGAGUCUGGAGAUCGAAGAGAAAAUCAAUAAGAUUCGAUGGCUGCCACAGCAGAAUGCCGCACAUUUUCUCCUCUCCACCAAUGACAAGACGGUGAAACUGUGGAAAGUGAGCGAGCAAGACAAGAGACCGGAGGGAUACAACCUAAAAGAUGAGGAGGGCAGACUGAAGGACGUGUCGACCAUCACCUCCCUGCAGGUACCGGUACUGAAACCCACGGACCUGAUGGUGGAGGUGCGGCCCAGGCGGGUGUUCGCCAACGGACACACCUACCAUGUCAACUCCAUAUCGGUCAACAGUGACGGCGAGACCUACCUGUCCGCCGACGACCUCCGCAUCAACAUGUGGCACCUGGGUAUCACCGACCGCAGCUUCAACAUCGUGGACAUCAAGCCAGCCAACAUGGAGGAUCUGACAGAAGUGAUCACAGCCGCAGAGUUCCACCCUCAGCACUGUCACCUGUUUGUCUACAGCAGCAGUAAGGGGACUCUCCGCCUGUGCGACAUGAGGGCGUCGGCACUGUGUGACAAACACACCAAACUGUUUGAGGAACCCGAGGAUCCAGGUAGCCGCUCCUUCUUUUCCGAGAUCAUCUCUUCCGUGUCGGACGUGAAGUUCAGCCACAGCGGACGCUACCUGCUGACCAGGGACUACCUCACCGCCAAGGUGUGGGACCUGAACAUGGACAAGGGCCCCGUGGAGACGUACCAAGUCCACGAGUACCUGAGGAGUAAGCUGUGCUCGCUCUACGAGAACGACUGCAUCUUCGACAAGUUUGAGUGUGUGUGGAACAGCUCCGACAGCGUGAUCAUGACCGGCGCCUACAACAGCUUCUUCCAGAUGUUCGACAGGGAGACGGGGCGAGGCGUGACCCUGGAGGCCUGGCGGGAGAGCAGCAAGCCCCGGGCCGUGUUGCGCACCCGCCGUGUCUACACCGGCGGGAAGCGCCGCCGCGGCGACGUGGGCGUGGACAGCUUGGACUUUAGCAAGAAGAUCCUGCACAUGGCCUGGCACCCGUCCGAGAACAUUAUCGCCAUAGCCGCCACAAACAACCUGUACAUCUUCCAGGACCGCGUCAGCCCGGAGGCGCAUGGGCAGUGACCGGAGCACCUGGCCAUUGACCGGAGGCGCACGGUCAGUGACUGGAGCACCCGGGCAGUGACCGGAGGCACCCGGGCAGUGACCGGAGGCACCCGGGCAGUGACCGGAGGCACCCGGGCUGUGACCGGAGGCACCCAAGCAGUGACCGGGGCGCACGGGCAGUGACCGGAGCACCCGGGCAGUGACCGGAGGCACCCAAGCAGUGACUGGAGCACCCAGGCAGUGACCUGAGGCGCACGGGCAGUGACCGGAGAACCCGGGCAGUGACCGGAGGCACACAGGCAGUGACUGAAGGCGCACGGGCAGUGACCGGAGCACCCGGACAGUGACCGCAGCACCCGGGCAACUGCUUACUUCGCAUUAACUGCCCGCAGGUGAGCUUCUGACGACACUAAUCGUAAGACACGAGGACGUGUUUUUGUUCCCGCCCACUUUUUGUAAAAGAGGUGCAGGGCCGCCUCAAAGAUUGUUGGGUCCUACAAAAAAGUCGGCUUACUUUUCGCCUCAUCCCUCACCUAAACCGGGAGUGAAGAAACCACCACCGACCUGUGGAUGUGGCUCACGGACGCCACCUGCCGGUUGUUUGAGGAUAGUCCCGCUCCUUGACGCUUCGGUCGCACACAGGAUUCUCACAGAAAUGAGGCAAAAACUCAACCGCACCCGCUGUAUGUACCGUAUUUUCCGGACUAUAGCGCCGUAUAAGCCGCACCCACCUGAAUUUUAGAACAAAAACAAACAUGGUUCCAUAUAUAAGCCGCACCUGACUAUAAGUCGCAUUGUGUAGUGAUUUAAUUGACAUAUAGUUUGCACAUUUUUAUGUACAUUCCUUAAUUGUUUUUAAGCGACAGUAAAAUGGCCGAGCAAAGAAAACAGAAGUCCCGCUCAUGGACCCGCUAGCUGCGGAAGCUAUUUCUCCAUUCAGCUAAAACGGUAUAUUUACAUCCCUUUAAUGGUUUCCAAACGGCAGUAAAACGGCGGGUCGAACAAAACAGAAGUCGUCGUCAUGGCUGCGCGAGCUAGCUCGCCAAUCAGCUGAACAGACUCAAAAACUCCACGGUGACAUUUCGGUGAAUUUUACGAAACUGAAAUAACACACAAGUUAUUAAUGCUAACAGAGAUGCUCGUAAACAAGUUAGCAUAUUACCGAAUGCUGACAAUGCAUUGCAAAAGCACAUACAGAUAUGCAUGAAAACAUCCCUACAGACGUCACACAAGGGACGGUUUUAGUAAGUCAAAAUUGUUUUACUUAUAUUGUAUACUCGUAUGGAUGAAGAAUCUACAAACGUUUGUAUACGAGUAGAAAGGCUGCAGAUGGCUUUGAAGACCAAACGGCACUUUACUUCCGGUUGAAAACACAGUCUAAAGAGUGGGAAAUCUCGUCCAAAAGAUUGCGCCAUAGCACCAACAAUGACACACUUUAUCUGCGUCUUUGCCAGCGUUUUGUUUUUGCCGAAGAAAAACUGGCCGUGUCGUAAGUCCGAAUCGUUUUAGUUAUAUUGUAAAAGCUACCAAAGUUGCUUGGAGUGAUGAAUGCAGAAUCUAUACGAGUAAUAAAACGCAGCGGACGGCCAGAAAACAGAAAGGCACUUUUACUUCCGGUUGAAAGCUUAGUCUAAACAGUGGGAAAACUCGUCCAAAUGAUGGCGUCCUAGCACAAAUAAAUGACACACUUUUUCUGCAUCUUUGCUUGUUUUUAAAAACUAUUCUACUUCCGAUUGAAAUGUCAAUCUUAACAGUGGGGCACCUGCAGUGGGAAAACUUUUCCAAAAGAUGGCGCCAUAGCACUAACAAUGACACACUUGUUUUUAAAAACGUUUUGCCUGAUGGCCAAUGCCGCAGAAAAACUCAUAAAUUUGCAGUGUCGUAAGUAAGUCCGAAUUGUUUUAGUUAUAUUGUAAAAGCUACCAAAGUUGUUUGAAGUGGUAAACGCGGAAUCCUUACGAGUAACUGCUGCGGACGGCCAGAAGACAAAACGGCAUUUCUACUUCCGGUUAUAAGCUCAGUUCAACUUGUGGGAAAAAUUGUCCAAAAGAUAGCGCAAUAGCACAAAAAACUAUACACUUUUUCCUAAUGGCCAAUGCCGGAGAAAAACUCAUAAAUUGGCAGCAUCGUAAGUAAAUCUGAAUUGUUUUACUUAUAUUGUAAAAGUUACCAAAGUUGCUUGGAGUAAUGAAUGCAAAAUCUAUACGAGUAAAUGCUGUGGACGGCGAGAAGACAGAACGGCACUUUUACUUCCGGUUUAAAGCUCACCUGCAGCGGGCAAACUCGCUCAAAAGAUGGCGCCAUUGCACCAACAAUGACACACUUUUUCAGCGUCUUUGCCUGUGUUUUGCUUCUAAAAACUAUUUGCCUAAUGGACAAUGCCAAAGAAAAACAAAUAAAUUGGCCGCGUCCUAAGUAAGUCUGAAUUGUUUUACUUAUAUUGUAAAAGCUACCAAAGUUGCUUGAAGUGAUGAAUGAAGAAACCAUACGAGUAGAACGCUGCGGACGGCCAGAAGACAGAACGGCACUUUUACUUCAGGUUGAAAAAUCAGUCUAAACAAUAGGAAAACUAGUCCAAUAGAUGGCGUCAUAGCACAAAAAAUGACACACUUUUUCCGCGACUUUGCAUGCAUUAUGCUUUUAAAAACUAUUUGCCUAAUGGCCAAUGCCAAAGAAAAACUCAUAAAUUGGCCACGUCGACAGUAAUUAUGAAUCGUUUCAGUUAUAUUGUAAAAGCUACCAAAGUUGCUUGGAGUAAUGAAUGCAGAAUCUAUACGAGUAGAAACGCUGCCGACGGCUAGAAGACAGAACGGCACUUUUAAUUCCGGUUGAAAGCUCA